AUGAAUCCAGAUAGACUUGGUCGAAUUCCACCGCCAACAAGGCGACUUGUAGUGCGAAAAGCGAACAGCCAGAGGGAUUUACGUCCUAUCUCCGAACGGGUGAGUAUUUCACUGUGUUUUUGUUCCGUUCAUUCGACGAAAUGUAGGCACGUAUAGUUUACUUCCAAAUAUAAUUUGAAUGCUUCUUGGCGAGUUUACGGAUUAAUUAAAGCAUACUGUCCGAGUUCUCCAGGAUUAUCCUAAGCUUAUUUUAUUUGAUUUUUUACCUUCUAGGCGACUCUCGAUAAGGUUCUGGGUUUGACAGUCUCCAGGAACGCAGCUUUAGCCUGUGACCCGUUGUCUGGAGUAGUCGCUUAUCCGGCCGGGUGAGCCAAACUUUUUAUAAAUCCAGACAUUUCUUGUCGUGAAUUUUGCCAGCAUAUAAAUUAAUUUUGCCUCAAGGAAUGGCGUGGGUUAUAUAAUGUGGUUAAGUUUAUUUUCUGGAUAAUAUUUUCGCCUCUUUGAGGUAUCGGAUAAAGAAAUAUUUCUCCGAUAAAAUGUGUAAAUAACGGGAGGUUGCACUGAAGGAAAGGAAGAUUGUACGUGACGACUUGUUGCUUGAGAUACAUGAUAUGUAACUAAUUUACUUAAGAAUCCUUUUUAAUUUGCAGCCACAUAAUUUUUUUCACGAAGACAAAUGGACGACGCUUAUCAAAAUAUUACAACUCAUAAUAAUAAGGAGGUUAUCACAAGCAAAAUAUUCUCGCGAAAACCUAUUGUUAAAUUUUAAUCACGACUUGGCUGUUUCUUCCGAGUAAUUAUUUGGAUUUUGUUCUGGGCUGUUGCUAGUUCAGUGAUCUUGUUGAAUAAUUUCCUCCGGAUAAAUAUAAAACGUGAAGAAAAGGCGAUACCGAUGUUCGCCGUAUUGUUUUCAUGCGAAAAAAAAAAUGCUGAAAUAACUUUGCUCCGCUGGAAGCAUAUAUAAUUCAUAAUUUUUUCUCUGAUCUCACACGUCUUUUUUUAGAAAACUGGCGUUGACGUUGAGCUAAAUAAUUGCAUCCAAAAUGAAAUAUUUAAGCUAUACUUUAGCCCUAAUCGGACGUGUUGACUGAAAUUGCUGGUAGUUCUGUUGAAAAUUGCAUACAGGUUGACUAGAAUUGAAAGAGUACAAAAAAAGUUAUUUCUUGCGUGUAAAUUGUAUGUUCUUCUAAAUUGCGUCUUCGAAUAUUGCAAGAGGAACGGAGAACUCAAGCUUUAAAACUCCCUGUUAAGCACUUUAGGAAAGAAUCAAAUUUAAUCGCCGCGGCUAGUUUCCUGGAGAGAGUUAUUAUGGUUUCCUAGCUAUUCGCUCUUUGUCUUUGUUUUCAUUUGUUAUAUUUCGAUAUUGUAUUUGCUCGCACUUGAGGGCAGCUAAGUAAUAUUUUCGAGCGAUUUCAGAAACAGUCUCGAUUCAGCUAGUUUUUUUCACACGUGAACCGCAAGGUCAAUUCUAAUCUUUUCGAUCGCUGCGUCUAGAGGGGCAGUUGUUAUUGCGUACUACACAGCUGCUGAGACAUCACGAUACUCAGUUCGUUGUCAAGUCAUACUAUAUUUGCAUUUUGUUUUGCUCUAGGAAGGGGUAAUUAGAAUAAUUACUCGCUUACGAAGAAUGAGGUAUAUAUUAUGAGAGGAACAAAGUAAAAUUAAGUCGAUCAAAUGAUUGAAUGAUCUAGGUACAUCUAUUUAUUUCCCUUAGGGAAUGACCAUUCUUAAAAGUGAGAAAUGUCCCAUGGAGUUUGGUAUGAAAUUACCUGUAAAUUUGACAAUUCGUUUAUUCAAUAUUUGCUUCAUGGCAGCAUGUUUUGUUUUGUAUUUGACAGCAUGACCUUGUUUUUGAAAAUUAAAAGAUAAGCUUCCAAAAAUCAACAUGGUAACUUUAGAGUUUUCUUGAAAUUAGAGAAGAAGUCUAAAGGCCUAGGUUAGAUAUGUGGUUUGAACAUGGACUAUGCAAAACUAAUUGAUUUGUAUCAAAUAUCACAGGUCACCAUAUAUUUGAUAUGCUUGACCGACACAUUUAAUAUACUUAAUAGGCGUAGGUUGUUUCGAAACUGAAGCAUGUACAAAGUUUAUGCAGUGUAGUUGGCAUACAGUCAAUCUUUGCUGAUGCCAUUAAAAUUAUGAAUUCACAGUCAAAGAAAGAAAAAGCUUCCCAGCACCAUAUUGCACUAGUUAUAAUAUCUGUUUACAGUGUUGUCCUUUUAAAAGGAAAGAAAAAAGCUUGGCCACUUGGUCGAUAUACCCAUCUUUCUUUAAUGUGGACUUACGUUAUAAACCAGUCUUAUUAACUCUUCUUCAUUCUCUUUGCUUCUUUCUUGAGUGUACUGUACAUGUACCAAAUAUUUAGCACACAGUCAUAUGUAUUUAAAUCUCCAUGCGUGUUUGAGUGGUCUGGCUACUUGCAAUUCAACACACAGGAACGGAAAGCAUCAGAUGCAUAAUUUUGCUGUUAGAGUGGUGAACAGACUAAAACAAUUGAAAUUUGAUGUCCAUUAAGUUCGCUUAGGUUUAGAAUGAGGUAUUUACAAGGCAAAAAUAUAUUUAAACAAUAAAAGCCAAACAUGUUUUCAUUAGUUCAUCAUCAGGAUACAUCGUGAUAUUAUAUUAUGAUACUGUUGCCCAAGCAAUAAUACAAAUUUCUCCUUCUCAGGCAGUAAUACAUAAAAUUGCCUGUAGUACCUACGAUAACGUGUAAAAUCACAUGGAAUUCUUUAAAAUUCAUCAGAUAGUAUGAUUGCUGUACCAGUUUGAAAAUUUCUUUUAGCUUUUGUGUUAUGCAAUGUAUCUGCUAUUUCCUCCUGAACAUUUUCACAGAGUUAAAAGUUGACAAUUCCUGUUAUUUUCUUUACUAGAUGUGUGGUGGUCUUGUUUAACCCUAGGAAGAACCAACAGAGUUUUGUCUUAAAUACGUCCAGGUAAACAAAAGUUGUUCACACUAGAUGUAUAUAGAGGAAAUCAGAAAGCAGCUGACCAUGAAUAUAAUUCAUAGUUUCCUGUAAGUUUACAAAUUUUAUUGGUUGAUUCUGUAGCCCCAUUUUACAGAUGUGUUGCAGAAGUUUCAGUAAAAGCUGAUUGCAAACAGAAGGUGGCAUAUCCUUAACUUUGUUCCCCAUCUGUCACUGAUGGAUUAAAACCUUUGACAAUUAACUUGGAAAGUUUUGUAAUAUAACAUGGUGCAUGGUUAAAGUUAUAAGGUGAUUCAGAACUUCUUUACAGCCUUGUGAAAAUUAACCCUAGAUUAUUUAUUCUUGCAGGAAGACAAUCACUUCUGUGGCUUUCUCUGGCGAUGGAAAAUAUUUGGCAACAGGAGAAGUAAGCUUUCAGUUUGAUAUCUCAUUCAAUAUUUCUGGGUGCAAGUUUUUUUUGACAGACCUGGUAACCUUGUGAUGCAAUGAUAUUGUUCUUCUGCUCCUGAAUUACUAUCGUGUGACUUGUACAACCAUACUUGCACUAUUCCUGGACAACUUUUUAGAAAAAACCCUGUACUAGGAUAGUAUAGAACAGUGUGAAUGGGGCUGGAAAAAGCCAUUAAGCCCUAGAAGGUACAAGCUGAAAGAAGAAAGGAAAAAAGGAGAGAGAUUGAGGGUCAUGUAAUGAAAUGCUUCUUGACUGAGUUAAGGUGGGAAAGACAUUCAUGGUUGCAUCACUGCACCAGUCUGUACAUCAUAACCUUGAGCCAAUUAUUUUCUGGUUAGUCAUCUCACUCAGUCAAUUUAACAAAUAGAUUCUAAGUUGCCAUGCAUCUGUUCAGUAAUAGAUCACAGAUGACGUCAAAAUGUGGUAAGAACAAAAAAAAAGGCACAUGAGGUGUGGCCGAGUGUGUCACUGAUGUUCUUACCACAUUUUGACGUCCUCUGUGAUCUAUUACUGAACAGAUGCAUGGCAACUUGGAAUCUAUUUGUUUUAUAUAAUAAAGAAUUAAAAUAUACGGAAAAAGAGUUUUAAUGUUAACAUCAUCUAUACGUCUGUCCUCCAAAAGAUCAUAAGUGAGAACCAAUCAGAAUGCGUGCAUAACUGAGCUUAUUAUAUAAAAGUAGAUAGUUUUCCCAUUUAUAAGCUGCAGGUGCCCUGAUGCAAUGUUAAGCUCUUUGGACUGGUAGGAGUACUUCUAGCCGCUCAAAUAGCAUUGUUGUAGAAAGUAGAAGAAACCUGGGCUGUGUAAUUCAAAACAGAGAAGUUUUGAGAAUUUUUCUUUUUUACUUACCUUUUUUUCUUUUGCAAUCUCUUGAAUAGAGUGGUCAUAUGCCAUGUGUGCGUGUGUGGGACAUGGAAGACCAGUCACAUCCACAGAUAUCAGAGAUGGUCAAAGGACAUAAAUUUGGUAUUUCAUGUGUGGUAGGUUAAUAAUAAUUCAUAAAAAUAUUUAUUUCAAUAAUUAUCAUUGGCAUCUCAUUCAGAUUAUCAAUGAUUCCAAUGUUAGUGAUAGUGUUGAUUUGAUGAUUUUGAAACUUAUUUUGUGACACUUCAUGUCAAUGAGGAAAAGAUUUCUAUGAACAUUUUCACAAUAAAACAUGAAAAUAUAUCUCCUGUUUAAGGCAGACUCAUCAUUCUAGUUGACAAAUUCAUGUAGUUAUAACUAUUGUUUGAAACUAUUUCCUUGUAACAAAGCUCACCCAGUUGUGAUUUUGUUGGUAGGCUAGCUUAGUCGUGUAUUUAUGUUCUUUAGCAAGGCACAUACUGUCUGUUGGUGAGAAUACACUAUUUUAACUAUUUGGUAACUAAGUAUUAGUUUGUGUAUGCAUGAUUUGAUAGUAGCUAAUGAAAUCUUAUUGAUACUUUUGUCAGGCCUUUUCACCUAAUUUGAAAUACGUGGCAUCUGUUGGAUUCCAGCACGACAUGAUUGUAAAUAUAUGGAACUGGAAGGUAGCUAUGGUCAUACUUUAAAUCUGCUUACAGGCAGUAAUUUUUAGUGAGAUAUUUCUUGAGAUAAAAGAUGUUCAGGUUGUUCAUUGGCGUCCAUUUUUUAUGUCCAUGAUACAUUUCAAAUCAUUCUUUUUUCCUUAACAGAGCGGUACAAAGGUGGCCUGCAACAAAGUUUCAUCAAAGGUGGGUUUUCUGUCAUACUGUACAUCAGUGGUCUUCAUGCUAUUCGCAAAUAGAGUGGAGUUUUUUUGUUGUUGUUGUUUUUUUUUUUGGUUUUGUUUUGGCUUUUUAAUUGCUUUCAUCAUGAAGGUGGAGUACACACAACAGAGUGAGGCUCCAAAUUAAGUGUGCUCUCAAGAGAGGCACUCUGAGAGGAAAGUUCCUAAUAACUUGUUUAGCAAAGAAUUAUGUGAUGUCAGCCUGUGAUAUAUUUUAGAUAAUUAUUUACCUGCAUUAUUGUCAAUCUCUAGGCAAGUUUUGAUUUUCCAGCAUUGGUCACUUUUGUUUAAAAUGCCACAACAAUUAAGUGAAAUUGAUUUUCAUUAGUCAGACUUCAAUUUUCUUCAUGCUGGGGUUUUUUUCUCUUUUUUGUCAGGUUUCAGCACUUUCAUUUUCUGAAAAUGGUAGCUACUUUGUUACUGUUGGUGUUCGUCAUGUCAAAUUUUGGUAUUUUGACACUGAAUCAAACAAAUCUAAGGUGAGGAAAGUUAAAAUUUAUAUUUUUUGUUCAAUUGAUCUAAAGAUAUAAUUUUUGUUUGUUGUCUGAUGAUUGAGAAAUCUUUUGCUAUGAAAAUAAUUUUGAUCACUUGGGGAAAACUUUUAACUGGCUAUUUUAAAUGUUCUGUGUUGAUUCCAAUCUGGCAGGUUUCCAAGACACUGGUAAUCAAUGGGCGAGCUGGACUUUUAGGAGAGCAGAGGAAUAACACCUUUUGUGAUGUAGCAUGUGGUCGUGGAGUUAACUCUGAUAUCACUUACUGUGUGACUAGCUCAGGAUUAUUGUGUUCCAUCAAUAGCAAGAGAGUGCUGGACACCUGGGUUGAGCUCAAGGUACCUCACAAUAAAUACUAUCCAAUUUUCAACCAUUAGUAUUGUUUAAGUAGUCCUGGGAUUUUAGAACAGGUCAGACUACUCACCGGUUAGUUGACAGAUUUAAGUAUCACUCAGUCUCUGCUCUGUCCUCUCAAUGGAGCAGGUGUUGUGUAGUAAUGAUCAGGAAGAAUGAAAGUUUGCUGCAAAAAUGUUUGCUGCCAAGUCAUCUUUUGUGGAAUCUCUUUUGUUCUUGGUAAAGUUAUUGGUUGUGUUUUUUAUUGUGUCCUGGCAUCCCUCAGUCUGAAAUUUUCAAUCACACAAACAACAAGCAGUUCCUUGAAAUUUUGUAUGGUGUUAUACCAUGCGAAGAUCUCACCAAAGCCUUAUCAGGUGGAAAAUUUAUGAAGGAACUUCUUUAGUAAAUAAAAUCAGUAAUAUUAACCCCAUCAGGAGGUAUGACAUUACUCUGUAUGAUUUUCAUUUGCGAGUUUAUUGUGUUAGCUUUGCCAUCAAUUAUCAUAACAGUAGACAUGUUUGUUACAUGUAAUUCUUGUUGUUCCAGACAUCUAAAGCAUAUGCAUUGGCAGUCAGUGAACAUUACAUUAUAUGUGGAUGUGCUGAUGGAAUAAUAAGGUAACUGAGUGAAAGAAGAUGUCAUUCAGUGAAUGAUACUGGCAUAAAAAGAAUUCUGAGUGCUCCAAAUAGGAUUCUGGCCCACAAUGUAAACUAUUGGGUCCUCAAGUAAUCGUGAUAGCCAUUAAAGUGUAUUUAAUUUUUUAUUUAUUUAUUUAUUUACCUACGAGCUUCCGAUUAGUUCGUCGGAUGCUCUACCACUGAUUUAUAAGAGACUCUUAGCAGGCUAGGCCAUUUUAGUAGGUCCAUUGUGACAAACUUCCUGCAUACUGCUAGGAUAUGAGGACGAUAGAGAGUUCGUAGUUAUUAGAUAUUCAAACUUAGUCACAAUUCAAUCUGCUUUUUGGUGAUGAUUUAUUUCAUUAUUAUAUUUUUGUAUUUGUUUGUCAGAGUUUUCAACCCGUUGAAGUUACAGUUUAUAGUAACCAUUCCAAAGCCUCAUUUUCUGGGUGUUAAUGUAGCAGAAGGCAUUGAUUCCAGGUAAAGGUAACAUGCUUUUUUAUACAAAGGGAGUGUGAUUUGAAUUGAGAAUACAUUUUUCAGUUAAUCCAAGAGGUUGAUUAUUGGGACUUAAGUCUAAAAAUAAAGUACUGUCCGUGCCAUAGUUAAAGGUUCGCUUUAUGGUGUAUAAGUCUAGUUAAUAUUUCUUGCUGUGUUUAAGUUAACUUCAUUCUAAUUGUCUUUUUAGUAACCCUCUGUCAAAGUCUGAGCAGGCAGCUUAUCCAGACGCCGUUGCUGUAGCGUUUGACACAGUAAACCAUAAGGUACGUUCAUGUCUUUGAUUUUAUCACAUUUUAUGGUGACAAAAAUUAUUGACAGGCAAGUCUUUUGCUUGAAACAGUUUGACAGCACGAUGUUAAGCCGUGACAGUUUGUAGGGGCCAAGGAAAAUCUGGCAAACCUGGCAAACCAUGGAAUUUGAGCGUGGAUCACGGAAAGUCAUAAAAUAGGAAUGAAAAGUAUAUUUCGAGAACAUCUAAGAGAAUAAUGCUUUUACUACAUGCCUCGACCCUUUUCACGUUGUUUUGAAUGCAUUUUCUUAUUCUGAGUCACCUUGCCGAAAAUUUUCUUUCUAAUUUUCUUAUAGCUGACGUGUGUUUAUAACGACCACAGUCUGUACACAUGGGACGUGAAGGACAUGAAAAAGAUUGGAAAAGCUUGGUCGUCACUUUAUCACAGUACAUGUGUAUGGGGAGUUGAGGUAAACUUUAAGUUUGGCGGAACAGAUUGGGCAGUCUCAGUUUUUACCCUCGGGUAGCCAAUGGGAACACGGGACCAGCUUCAUCUUUCCCACUUACCGAUUAAGUCAGCCACUCAAUAUAAAUUCAUGUGUAAAUAACGGUCCUGUAAACAGAGACGUGAACUGUUUACUUGCUUGUAGGUGUUAACUGAGUCAGGUGGGGCCUCAUGGGAAAAGGUGUGGCUCGUGGUCAUAAGGUGCGAGGUCCAAAUGUCAUGACCUAGAGCCAAAUAUUUUUCCUGUUUGGCCUGACCUGUUUCAGUCAAUAAGAAUUUUAUCACAUGACCUCCCUUCUUUUUUCAGCAUUUUCAAGGCCGUACGGAGUGCUAUGAUUUUUCUUUCUCAGCUCGUGCUAUCGCGCACGGCCCUCAACCAGAGAUUUUACUUUAUUUCUUUGAAAUUGUCUUCCAAAAAACUGCGCACAGGUCUUUACGGGUCCUACGAUGAGGACGGUUUAAAUUCAGCUCACCUCACCACAUGUUUUUUAAAAUUGUUGUAUAUUCAAUGUUGCAGGUUUACCCCAAUGUGACUGAUAAUCGCCAGGCGGCCCUGCCACCGGGAUCCUUUCUCACAUGCUCGUCUGAUGACACUGUUAGAGUAUGGAACAUUGAAGAAGGUGAUGAUAAUUUCUGUAGUCUGUAAGGUUUUGCGUAUUCAUGCUUCACGAUUUGGUUCCUUUUAUGCCUAAUUUUGAUUUCAUGAUUUUGCUUGAGGAUUUAAUUUGAUAGAGUGGUAUGGUCUCUUUCAGGAACAAGUAUAUUAUUUGAGAGAAACGUUUAUAGUAAGGUUAGUUUGGUGCAAUUUAGAUGGUCCAAAUUUUUUAUUUUUUGUUGCAAGAUUAAGCUGCAUACGAGACUGACUGAAGUAGGUGCUAAGAUAUAUACUGAUUGCAGUUAGAAUGCAGCGACUUGGAAUAUUUCUAUUCCCUGUGUUAGGGAAAUUAGUCCAUCGGAGGUUACCACUAAGAGUUUCUUCAAUUUUCCCUACCUGUUUAUAUUCCUGGGUGGAGAAGAGAGAGAGAUAAUCACUGUCGCUCCACAGUAUGAGUCUCUUGCCCGUGAUCACGAUACAGUGACCCUUAUGACCCUCACUCGAACCUUUCAAUGUCGAGUUCAGAGCGCCAAUAGGCAGGUCAUCGUGUCUCAAACGUUAUUCAGCCCUGAAGUUGCAAAUAUCUUUGGGGAAAAGCAAUAAGGGAAGCUUUUGCAGUUUUUUUGGAGCGCUUAUGAAGGCCGUUACACCUGUUUCUUCUGUCUAUUUCCGCGAAGCAAUUGAAGAUGGAUAACUUCUCACCAAGAACGUCCUUGGAUAAGUUGAAUCCUCAGCAUGAACUUGAUGAGUUGUUAAAAAUUUCCUGGAUUUCAAUUUAUUUGCAGGAGAUGAUGAAAGUCUUAUACACGGAAGAUACAGUGGCAAACCUUAAAGACAAAGAUAUUAGCCCUGGUAAGUGAAUAAAUAUUCUUAACGAAAAAAUUUUUUUUCCAAACUUCCAAAGAUAAAGCUGCUUGCUUUUAUGAUUUUCUUUUUGGUAAUCUGUGGUUUUCAUUUGUAACAGCCAUAAAGAACAUGCGAGAUUCUACCGGUGAUACGCGAAAUGCUGGAGUAAGAUGUCUUCGCAUUAGUCCUGAUGGGCAAACACUUGCCACGGGGGACAGAUCUGGAAAUGUCAGGUAAAAAAAAAUAGGCUGCUUUGUGUAGCAAUCGACAGGAGUCUUAGAUUGGACCAAAGACUGAAUAGAGUGUAUUAAGAUCAAAAGACAUCCGUGCACUAUGUUUACUUAGUGGUUACUUGCGCCAAAGUAGAAAGGAAAAAGUUUACCAACAUGUUAGGUAUACAACUUGGAAGCGUUACAGAGCUUUAACAAAUAAAACUUCUUAGUAAAUCGUCUGGUUAAUAUGAAUUUCUGCGCGUUUAAGUAUUGCCUACACAAGUAAAAGUCCCGGUGCAUCCGAAUGAUGCAGAUCUCAUUACAGCUACGUUAUCAAGUUGAACUUUAUGGGUUGAAUGUCCGAGUUCUAGGUUAAACUGUGACCAUACGGUUCUUUUUUUUCGCUUACGUCAUCAAAAUUUUGUCGAUAAAAUGCCCGAGAUAGAGUUACCCUCAAGCAUUUGCGGAAGGAAGUCAAGGCACACAUAUGACUUGUUUACGAAGAGAGAGGGUAAACAAAAUUCAUCCGGGCUUUUUGUUUAAUUUUCUGGCAUAUUUCUCGACUGUGGAAAGCCACAGAAAAGUAAACAAAAGUGCAGAACAAUCCUGAUGAGCCAUGGUGGAUUUCGGAUGAUUUUCCGGUCCUGGAAGGGUUUACAAAAUAAUUCACUUCUCACGUGUGUUUUUUACAUCAGGGUAUACGAUUUGAUGUUUUUCGAUGAAGUCGCAAAGAUUGAAGCGCACGAGUCUGAAGUUUUGUGUGUGGAGUUUUCACCCAAUGAAUCAGGUAUGAAUGUCAACCCAAGGGAUUUUAUCUUAAUAUGCGGCUGGAGUUUAUGUGGUAAUUGUAGUUUGAGUUUUCACCAUGCUGUUUCUUUCUCUUGGCAGGACACAAACUACUGGCAUCCGCUGGCCGAGAUCGACUCAUUCAUAUCUUUGAUAUCGUGAACAACUUUGUCCUUGUUCAAACAUUGGAUGAUCACUCAGCAUCAAUCACGUCAGUCAAAUUUAACGGUGGGUGAAAAUUAAUUUCUGCUUGUCUCAAAUUUGAGCCGAAAAGUUGCCUUUGAAUGAGUGUUUCGUCUCGGAAACUCAAUUCUGUUGACUUUUCUUCAGAAGCAAUCCUUGCUCUUUGUAGGGUUUGCUACAAUAUAUUUGUUGUAAGUGGAUCAUUCGACUGUAAUUCUGUUGAACAUUUACAUUUUAGUGUCAGAAUCCGAUGAGUUACAGCUUCUGAGUUGUGCAGCAGACAAGUCGAUCAUAUUCAGAACAGCCCAGCAGGUGAGGUUAUCAGUUUUGCUACAUGAGAUAAAGAUAAACACCUUCCCCACCUGAGAAGGCUUAAGUUUUUGCAGACAUAGAUACGUGCAGCAGGAAUCAUAAAUGCAUGACUUACACCGCUUGCCCGCUUUGAUGAAUGGCCGACCCAUUACGUCACAAGCUAAUAAACUUGGCUUGCUGGAUUACCAUAUUUUUUGGGGUAUGGAGCCUCCGCUUGCGUCUUCUCGCUCUCCGAGUGCUGCAGCUCCGUUGUGUGGUCAAGCAGGAAACAAAAGUGUCGUGGUUCUAUUUACCAUUUAUUUUAAAUUUCCUUCUAAAUUCUGGGUUUGUAAUUGAAGGGGCUGGCAUAUGGUAUCCCGUCUUGUUUCUCUUGCUGCUUACCGAUUAUCUCCACUUUUCCGUAAAUAAAAAAUUUUUGGUUGUACUCGUACUUUGUCUUAAAUUUUACUCUUCUGUGACACUCUUACUCGAGUUGAAUUGAUUUUUGCUGGAAAGGAAUUGGAGUUUGUCGAAAUUUCGCUGUGAAGCACUUUUUAGUUCGAGCUGUUUGAGCAACCAUCUCUAUUCUUGUUUCUUUGCAGAAUCCCGAAUUUCAGUUUGUUCGAACAACGAACCAUGUUGGUAAAACAACAUUUUACGACAUGGACAUUGAUCCAUCAGGGUGAGUCUGGUUUAUUAUUAAACGAAAUUGCCGAGUGCACAAGAUUUACGAGAAACAAUUUAAAAGAAGUAUUCCGGUUUUUCUUUCAGGAAAUAUGCUGCUACGGCUUGUCAGGACAGAGGUGUUAGGUACGGCUGUAUUCUAUAUUUGUGGACCUUUUUUGUUUUCGAUCAUGACAAAUCAUGCAAAAUGAUUAAUUAUUUUUACCAUUGAACUGAUUUUUGUACAUCAAUUUCGUUCUGCUCCAAGAGUGUAUGAUGUAAAUAGCGGCAAGCAGACGAGAAAUUACAAAGGCACUCCAAGAGAUGACGGAACGUUGGUUAGGGUAAGUGCUCCGCGAAAGCCUUUCAUGAUGUUUCCAUGUGACAGUUUUGAUAAGGAUAUUUUUACGAGGAAUGAAAGUUAUUUGAAAACUAGUGGGAAAAUUAUCCUUGGAGAGAAAAUUGCGAUAGACGAAAAACUACAAAACUGAACAGUAACCUCAAAUGUACAAAGUCGGAGAACUUUCAAGCGGUUUGUAGAUAAGGGACAUGUUAUCCUUGCUCUGUUCGUUAAAGAUUCCUUCAAAGCGAAGAAGAUAGCGAAAUACGAGUAUAUUCAGAGAAAGAAACGUGUGAAACAAGUAGCCGUAAGCCGAAAAACAACAAGAAAGGUUAAAGUUUUGACCAGCAUCUUAUUUCUCCUCACAACAUUACCCCUGAUUCAAACAUUUAGGUUACGAGAAUAAAGAAGAGAUCGCCAACUAAAGAAGCUCUUGAUUGUUAAACAAAUUCUCCUUGUUAGCACCUUAAGAAAUUUAUAGAGAACAGUAUGGAGAAUAUGCAUACUGAUGUUGGGGUGUAAAGGGUGGAGGACGUGAAAGCCUGUCAGCACAGAUCGCAAAUGAUAGACAAUUUUUCCUCUGCCAGAAUCGUAAAUUUAGCUAAGUAGUUUGCUUCUCUUCACAGAUAACUUUGGACUCUUCAGGGACAUACGCUGCCACCAGUUGUUCAGACAAGAGCGUGUGUUUGACUGAGUUUGAGUCUGGUGAAUGUGUGGCGAGUAUGUCUGGUCAUUCAGGUAGGUGAAACAAAAGCCUUGUUAAAAGAGUAAGAUUGUUUCGCAACAGAAAUCAUUGUCAACGAGCGCAGACUCAACAACCCACAGCUUUGGGCAUUAACUGGGAUCAAGGACAAACGUGCAGUAGGUCACAGUCCAAGGAUGCUUGUGACUAACUGAACUGCUGGUGAAGGCAGGGAAUUGAAUACACUGCUAGCUGAGUGUGCGCUUGAACUGUUAUCUGAGUGGUUGAACGUGCAAGCCUUGUAAUGAUUGGGUACUGCCGUAGUUAUUUGAAAUUAAAAAAAAAAAUUGAAAGGUUCCCUGAACGUCUGCUGUUUGAUAAAUGUAACAGACCCUGAGAAAAUCGUUAAUAUUAAGGUGUAAAAUGCCUCUCAAGCUUUCAAGUUGCAUAAGCAAUAUUAAAGCUCGCCAGCAACAGUAAUUCUUUUAUUGUCUUCUCAGAGGUGGUGACUGGUCUGAAAUUUUCUGUCGACUGCAAGAAUCUCAUCUCUGUUGGCGGAGAUGGGUAAGUAAUGAACGGUGAUUUGAUGGUGUGUGUUUAUCGACGUGCGUCUCUCGGUACAAAUACUGAAUUAAUCCUUUAAUGAGUUAACAAAACUGAAUUUUUCCUUAUAAUAUCAAGCAGACAAGUCAUGAAAGUAAAGGAAAAUAUCAAUUAGGGGAUUAUUAGUUGAUCUAUUAGCAAGUUCUCCGAACUAAUGUAAAAAUUUUCGUGGGUGACAGUUAAGAGAAUUACCUAUGAGAUCUUGGAAGUGAAAGGGUUACACCAGACAAAAUAGAUUCACAAUUUUCCCAGUGGCUUUCAGUCUUUGUUGUGUCUUCUUAAAUUUAAUGAGGAUGAUCUAUAAUUAUUAUAUUUAUUUUGAUUGCUUUUCUUACAACUCUUUCUUUAUAUGAUAGGUGCAUCUUUGUGUGGAAAAUACCAUCAACUUAUACCCAGGUAUCUCGAGUCAUUUUUUCUGUAAAGUGUUGUAAACUUUAUUCUCAAAUAACUCAAAGUUUUUAACUAACAUUACGUUUCUUGAACUUGUCGCAGGAGAAUCAAAAUUUUCCUUUUGGGGAGUCAAAAAAUCCUCGUAGUUUAAAUUACAAAAAGAACUAGUCUGUUUUCUUUUAUCUGUGAAGUGCAGUCCUUUGCAAACCUCUCAUCGUUGACCAAGAUAAAUACUCAGAACUGAUUUCCUUUCACAAAUCAACUCAUUGUCAAAAAAAGAUGACAAAUAGGUGUUUUCUCUUCAAAUGAUGGAACCAUUUGUAUUUGGGUAACCUUUUGACGGAUCUGAUCCACUUGAAUUGACGUAUGGUUUGCAAAUGUUACUAUCGUUUGCUUUUUUCCUCAGAAUAUGGUGGAGAAACUUCACGUACUUGGAGAGGAGCCAGAAAAUAAAAUCGAGUUUGGCACUCCCAUCAGGUAUACCAUAUUGAAUAUCAUUUUGUUUUGAAGGGAAAAUUUAUCCUUGUGAAUCUCAAGCAAAGAAACCAGUAGUAAACUGAUUGCUUGAAGAGGACACUAUAUUUGUGUUUUUCACUGAAUGUUUUUCUACAGACGUGAGACUUACCAAAUGGCUCAUCCGUCGAUAAUCGAAACGGCUGAAGAGGACGACUUUGUACCAGCUGACCCUUCAGCGUUCAGCAGACCAAUGAAAGGUAUACUUAAAAUUUCUGCAAUCUGAUUGGCUAAGCUACAUGCCAUUUAUUCCGUGAUGGAUAAAUAAAGAGAGUAGCUCGUGGUAUGACAUAGUUGUAUCAUUACUUAACAAAGAUCUCAUUAGUUAUUCCCUGUACUUUUUGCCAUCUAAGUCUCAUGAUGUUGGUUCAGAGAAUUUGGUACUGGAUCUACUUAUAAUCCCCUGAUUGAAAUUUUUCUUUUUUGUCAUCACUUGUCUGCUCGAUGUUGUAUUGAUAUUGCAAGGAGAAAUUCUGUAUUAGUUACUCACGGGAGUUAAACGGUUAAUAACAACACAAGCCUAUUUUGAGUGAUUAGUAGAGUUUUGUUGUACACAACUAAUUAGAUUUCUAUGCGUGAUAGGUGAUAAAGGCUUCGCCCUCAUCAACUAGUCGAUCUGAAAGCAAACCGAAUUUACGUCACAGUGCUUGAAAUUAUCGAUCCAAAUAAGAGUGAUAGAUUCGAAGUGAUCUUAAUUUUCCUUCAUACUAGAUCCCAGUCCUCCUGUUAAAGAUUACCGUUUCAGCGUGGGGCAGCUGCCUACAUGGGCCAAAAAACAGGUUUGUUACUUUGAUGUCAGUUUCCAUCUAACAGACACCCCAACUUUUCUGCCAGACUUAUUCGGAGAAAUUUGCUUUAUUCAGCCCAAGACUACCUAGUUUUAUCAGAUGUUCUUUGCAGUUACUGUGCUUUUUCGAACUAAACUGAGACAAUUUUUUGCCUUUAUUUUAGCUCGUCGCUGAAGGAAAUGAGAAGACUACGGUUUCUCCGGAAGAGAGUAACGCAGGAACAGUAGUUCAACCCGGAGGGCGAUGGGCUCAGGUAAGUUGCUUACCCACCCCUUCCUGGUUCGAUAUUAGCUGGAUAAUAACGACUUAUGCGUUUGUGGCUGUGUGUUUUCCCGCUCUUGGAGUUGGCCAAAUGCAAAUCUUCCCGCGCUUUCACACGCGGUGCAAAUUUUCCCGCGCUUCGCAGGUUGUAUAUUCAUGAUUCCGCUCGUUAAAUGUGAUUGCUCCGUUUUGUGCCUGGUUCAUCUUGAUUAUUCUAAAUUUUAAUUGAAGCAGUUUUAUGUACUAGAUCCUGGUUGGUUUACAAUUAUGUCAGCGUUAAGAUUUUUCUAGCUUUCGGGGAAAAAAACAUUGAAUGUCACUCAAAUAAUAACGAUAAAACUUGAUUCUAUCAAAACUGAUUUUGUUUUUCUCUUGGAACCUCGCUUUCUCACUAACAGAGAGUCCAAAAUGGUGGUAUUCACAUUGCUGGUGACAAUGGCAAGAUACAACCGAUUCCUUUAUUGCUGGAUCCCACAGGUUAGAGCAUAAUACAACAGUCAAAAGUACCGAUAUACCUAGCAAGUUUCCUAAUAACCCUAUGAAUUAUCAUCCAUUUUACGUCUGAACCGAGAUAAACAUCCGGCAAUAACGUUCCGAUUAUUUCAGUCUUAAAUUAAGAAACCUUGUUGUAUUUUGAUUGAUUAGAUUUAGAAAAUACCAGUGUCAGUGAGAGAAAAAUUUCUUCAAUUAAAAAGAAAACAAUCCUUUCAUACUGUGCGAUGUUCUCUUCAGCGCUAAAUGAUCACAUUUAUGUAAGAGGAAAUGAGAUGCAAGUACUUUCAUUUUCACUGAUUUUAUUACUUUGCAGAUGGCGGUAAAAGAUACACAGUAGAACCGAUCUCUCUUCAGGAGCAAAUGAGAGCGUUAGCAAGCAGCGUAUGUAACAUCGGUCAAUGAUCAUAAUGAAAUUACUAAUAAUGAUAAUAACAAUAAUAGUGAUAAUAGUGAUGAUAAUGAUGUUAAAGAUCGCUUCACACAAAGCAUCUAUAGGAAAAGGAAAACUUUUCCCAAUUCCAGCCCAAGUCCACAAGGGCGUUUUGGGAACGUUCUUUUGGUAGAGGUAGCUUUUUAAGAUUGUAAUUGCUUGUUUUGUUCAUUUGCAGCCUCUCGAGAGACGUUGCUCACUUACCUAUGGGGUAAGAUGAUUUAUCUUCUGCUUGAGGCUUUUACAUUAAAAGGAAUAGCUUUUGAAUUAGGGCCCAGCAAUUAAGUAUAACAAUAAACCACGGUCUUUUACAAAAAUGAAUUGGCAGUCACAAAUCAAUACGAAUAAACAGAUGAAAUUACGGCAUUACUCCCCUUGAGUCGGAUGGAUGGUUCACUCUAAUGGUUGCCCUAAUGGUUUCCAAGUUUUCUUUGGUAUAAUUUGAUCGAUGUUACAUGCAUCUACCCAUUUGUUUUUAUUGUUCUCGAUCAGCGUAAAUAUUAAUUAAAUUUCACAGAGCCAGAAACAGUACAUGAUGAAAAUGAAGCGACAGUCUCAAACUUAGUGUAGUAGGAGGGCUGGAGGGAACGCUGAAAUACUUAGCAGCAGACAUCAAUGCGCGGACUGAGCUCACUUUUCUUUAACAGGAAGAUGAUGACUUGUUCCCCUCAGACGGCCGAGCAGCGCUGGAGAAUUUGAGCGAAGAAGAGAAGAAUCAUACCGAGGUUGGAAACAUAAGCAAUCUCGAAUUUUUCUUUCGACACUUAAUAAACCAACAUAACUUUGAGUUGUAAACACCGCGGUUGCUUGAGGCGAAUGCAUGUUCUUUGCUUCUUUGAAAGCAUGGUGCGCGACUAGAGCAAAAUUGGCUGCAAAGGAGUCUAACAAGUGCUCAGGACUCACUGUUACUUCUUGUUUGCGGUUCCUUUUUAGCCAUGCCGAGUUCAUUGUUUUUCCGCCAUCCAGAGAACUCGUUUACUUUUCCUGUUAUGCAGAACUUACUUUUUCUUUUCUCGCAAUGCAGAGUUCUUCGUUAUUUUUUCAACCAUGCAGAGCUCACUGUUAAUUUUCCCACCAUGCAGAGCUCACUGUUAAUUUUUCCGCCAUGCAGAACUUACUUUUACUUUUCCCGCAAGCAGGAAGCCGCACCGCCAGGCGUCACUGUGUCACGUGGUAGUGAUAUAAUGCCGAAGGCUCGAGUUAGGAAGAGCAGUGUAGAAGUGUCCGAAUCAGGAGAACUGAAAUUUGAAGAAGCAGAGGAGCUUGAUGUAGGGGACGCGAAGGAAGUUAUCAUCUACCUACCCCCAAGCCAGGAUGACUUCGACAGCGAAGUUGCAAGGUCAGAAAUGUAUCGUGAUUAUUUCCCCAAAACGGCAAAGGGGCCUUUAAAUGGAAUUGUGCCGGGACUAGGAGCACCUUUGAGGACCUGCCUCGAGAGGUGCCUGUGAAUAUGAAAACGAACCAUGGGGGUAUCAAGUUCCAUUAAGUGCAUUUUCUGUUCUGGGCCCCAGUUGUUCGAAGGUUAGAUAAGUCGCCGCCCACUAGAUAAAUCUCUAUCCGGUGCAUAGCACAGUACGUUUUGCUAUAACUCAUCCACGGGAUAGCGAUUUAUCCGUCGGUUAGUGUUAUUCGUCCUCUAUACAACUAGUCCCUGGUGUUUAGCCACAGGGCUGAAAAAUACUUCCCUUUUUAGUGGCCUUUUCUUAUGAGCCCCAUGUGAGAUGGAGCCAACUCUGGACUCGGAUUAAUCAUGUACCAAAACUUUUGAUUUCUGAGAUAAUGGACAACCGUCAUUUUAAUUCUGGAUUACUCUGAACACGACAAGAAUUGAACAUCGUAUAAACACAAACGAAGAGAUUCGGUAGAAUCGUGUUUCAAAACAUUAAACCAAGUUUGAAAUUGAAAUGCGUGGAGAGAAGAAGUUUUUGAAUAUAACCGUUCAAUAAGUGACAAAAUAGAAUCUGAAUGCAUGAGAGGUGACAGUAAAAACCCCUUCUUAAAAUAAAAGUACCAUCGAAAGCCUAAACUCCAUCUUAAGUAAACGUUCAGAGUUAUUAAUCAACAAGAACAGGAACGCCAUCAUGAUCUUUACCAAAACGGCGACUCUUGAUGUUUUUGUCUUUUGCUGCUUCUUCAUCAGGGGACUAGAAUCUUUUGUGCUUCAUUUGACUUAAAUUAUGAAUUAAAUGUUGAAAUUAUCAAUUAUAAGUUUUGAGAUAACAGAUGGCAUGCCUCAACUAACCUUGAAUUCGCUCUGACAAGGGCUAUCGCUCGAAACGUCAGCUUCGAAACUCUUUACGGCGGCCAAUUUGUUAUCAACUUAGUUGAUAGUACUAAAUUACCCUGUUAGUUUCUCUAGAGAUGUACCCCCUUUUUCAUUUAACCUUGAACCACCCUUGUAUAGCGAUCCAGGUUAAAACCGUGCUGGUCGCCAUGGUAACUAGGACAAUUUUGGAGUCUGAACUCGCAGCGAUAGUCGCCAUUUUGACUUCUUAUCUACAGUUCUCGAACAUUUUUCUCGUAAUGCUUAAUUUCUAACACAUUUUUCCACGGAGCAAACCUUCGCCAUCGUCCCAUUCCUGUUUUUAUUGUUUAAUGUAUAAUGUAACUAACACGAACUGUCUUCCUUUUGACACUCGCUUGACCCAGUGCCCCACGGGUCCAAGAAUUUGUGCAACAUUACGAAGCUCUUCAGUUAAAUCAUCACCAGUCUUGUCCCAAUAUCGUUCAACAAGUCAAGAGACUGCGGGGAGAUCUGGUUAAUCAGGAAAAACCCGUCAAACUGGUUAAUGACGAACCGGUUCCGCUUAAGAGAUCUCCAUCGUUAGACCUUCUUCCGUUUCGGGUUGUAACUUGCCUCAGGUAACUUAAAGAAAUAAUUUUAUUGUUUUUCACAAUAUUGCACUUAAAAGUCAUUGUUUUAGUAAGUGCAAUUAUCUAAGGUAAGAUAAAUUUCCCCAGCAAAAAAUACUCAGUUUUUGAUAGAAUAAAGAACAUGGAUUUUAAAAGAAAGAGCGAGCUUUCUUAUCUGAACAGUUGAGCUUGAUUUCUUCAAAAUGAGACACGACAUAAAUAAAAUGGUAAAUUGUAUCAAUAUUGUUAUUAAGUCCUUUCUAGAUUAACUUCCCUGAAAUGAUUAUGAUUUUGACACAAUAAACCAGUUUCCCUUCCUUCAUCAAAUGAGUUACAAGUAACUGAGUGUUAAGGAGAUUUUUUAAACCGUGAAAUAAUUUGAAUUUUUCUGUCGUGUUCUUUUUUUCCAGAAGUUAAUCACCUAAAAAUAUUUAAUUUAAUUGCGUGGUAGAUCAUUUCAUCAGUUCUUUAAAUGCUCGUAAACUCCUGACGAAAUUUCAUUUAAACAAGAUUUUAUAUCGAUUCUCCUUAUUUGUUUUCACCGUCUUUAAACCAAUGCUAAUCCUUCCAUUCGGCUGCAAAACCGCCUGAGUGAACCAGUGUCCUGGGAAAGAGUUGUUAUGUCAUGUGGAUGGUUGGUGUACUAUGUGGGAUAACUACUCGCUUGUGUGUAUGAAUUUACUCUAAUCUGCGUACAGUUAAUAAAAAGACAAAAGGAAAUAAAAAAGUUGUAAGGAAUUAUGAAAAGCAUAAACGAAGUAUCUUAGAAUGAAUCAAUACCUUAUCCCAGGUUCCCAUUUUACUUACGCGGCUUUGUCCCAGUCCGGAAGUACGAUAUCAGAUAUCAAAUUUUUUUAAUUGAAUUGGUUGAAAACGUUACAAAUUUUUCUCCCUUGGUUUUCUUUCUGAUUGAUUGCUCAGUUAACGGUUCUGUCCGUUUAGCAUUGUGGUUACUUUAUGUUGAUUUUAUACCUUGGAUUUAUAAAAACUGUAUUUACCAAUUUGAGUAGUUCUAGCUUAAACUGUUCUCUUCGUCUUUCAUCAGAGCUUUCGAGUUGUCUGUCGCCGAGCGGCCAAAGAGAUUGUCUCUAACAGUAGAAGAUCCCAAAGGCGAAGAACAAGAGGUAAAAACUGAAAUUUCGAUAAAUAGCUGCUUCGAAGAUUCUCAACUAUUACUACUAGUACAGUGCAAUUUUUGAAUAUGUGUUGAAAUUUGUCUGGAAUUUAUUGGUUUUCCUUUGCUUCCUUAAUUGAGUGGUUGAGGAAACGGGUGCUAUCUUAAUCAAUCAGAUGUAAAGAUAAAACUCAUCGCUACAUGUCCACUCCCGCCUUUCCACCCCUCAGGCCGUUUGCUUCUUUUGAAUUAGAGUUCUCAUUGGCUCUUAAACACUCAAGUUACGUUACGUUCUUGAAUUACCUUGUCUUUGCUAAGACUUCGUUGCCUGCUCAUAAAUAAAUCUCAUUUUGCAUCAGGGUUGAUUUAAUUGAAUUUUUUUUGUUGGAUUUUUAGGGCAAAGACAAAGGUAGAGUGGAAGAGAAAGGAACAAAUUCUCGUAAGAUCCUAUUGGAAAAACGUUUCUCUGAUGUCCAGCAAGUUUCAGAACAACUUGUACUUUUUUGUUUGCUCAGACAAUAGUCAUCAGUUUGAAACAGCUAUAUUUGCUGAACUGUCGAGGGUCGGAAACAUUAUACGAAGGGUCUUAUUGACGAUUUUGUUUCGUUUGGAGUGGAGAAUGUUUAUAAAAAUCUUUUUCCCUAUAACAAGAUUUUGUCCCGAAACGUGUCGCCCAAUUUCAAGCAUUCUUAAAUUUGUUCUUGAGAUUGGCGACAAAAUGAGUAGAAGCGACUAACAUGCCAAGCGGUCAGUCGCAACUCAGCUUGCUUGCUUCCCCCAAGGUGUCUGUGAUCCCCUUUACUUUACUGUGCUACUUCACAAAAUGUUGAAAAUUGUCUCCAAUUUUGCUUCAUGGAAUGUAACUAUGUCCUUGUUCUCGGAUACAAAGCUUCCAGUGAAGACGAUGAAGACGAAGUGAUAAGUCCGUCGGAGGAUACCACAAAGCCAUUUGGUUACGAUGAGAACAAGCCCGAGGGAGGGGAGGAUGAGGAGAUGGUUGGUCGCUAUUUCGAAACUCUAGGUACCAGUUCUCCAGCGCAAAAAGCGGACGAGCAAGUCACAGAGCCGCCGCCCCUGGACACGGAUCGGCUGAUGCGGACCAGGCUGAGUAUCUCGGCCAGAUUUUUGUCGCGUUCGCACCAACCUGGAAGGUUUGAAAAUAUGUAUUGUAUUAAUUAACGCUAAAAGCAGCCCCCUCCCUCCCCGCUUUCCCCCUUUGAUCCCCUUCCUUUUUUAGUUGAACCUGGAGUUUCCAGUAAGCUUCCCCAUUUGUAAAACCUUUAGUCCCUUAUAACCCCCACUCCCUUAGUGUAAUACUUCAAGUUUCUGAGUAGCCUCCCCUCUCAAAAGAGUCCCCCUCUUUGAUAAUCCCUCCCCUGAGAAACUUCCGGUACAGAUUUCAAGUUUCUAUUGAGCUUUUCCCUGCCAAAGAGCCCCCCACUUUAGACCUCUCCCCCUCGUGUAGGGCGUCCUCUUCCCCCUCUCUGAGCAAAAAUUCAAGUACUGCCUUCCCUUGGGCUAGGUAGUGUUUCAGUUAAAAAAUAUGCUGAAAGUCCAAGAGAAGGCUGGCCGAAUAAAUUAAGGUUUUGGUAAAUUCCUCGGUUUCAGAGAAGUAAGAAAAAGCUUCGACGUUCCGAACGUGUUUGUUGAAAUGCAAUAGUCGCGAAACCUUUAAAUGGAAUUCAAACUUUUUAUUCCUUUGUCUACAGGAUUGGUGUAAUAUCGACAAACCUUGAUGAAGAGAAAGGAGAAAAUCAUCAUUCAGAUGAUGUAAGUUUUUUUUUUUUCCCGUUUUUUCGGAAAAUGCUUUAAAUUAUUCUGGUGACUCGCAAGUCUUCUUUCUAAUUGAGUUCCAAUGAUUUCUACGCAUUUUUUUUUUCAUUUCCUGUCUUUUCGUUGGAACAUGAGCCCUGUUUUGAUAACAGAGACUGAGAAUAACCUCAUUCCACUAAUGAAAUUAUUAAUUGGCAAUUGAUUUAUUCAUUCAUUCAUUAUUUUACUGAUUAACUGACUGACGGACUGACUGACUGACUGCUGACUGGCUGGCUGACUGACGGACUGACUUCCUGGCUGACUGACUGACUGGUUGAUUGACUGAUUGACGGACUGACUGACUGACUGACUGACUGGCUGGCUGAUUAAUUGACUGGUAGGCUGACUGACUGACUGGCUGGCUGAUUGACUGACUGAGUGGCUGGUUGGCUGACUGACUGACUGACUGACUGGCUGGCUGGCUAAUUGACUGACUAACUGACUGGCUGGCUGAUUGAUUGAGUGACUGACUGACUGGCUGGCUGGGUGGCUGAUUAACUGAUUGACUGAUUGACUGGCUGGCUGAUUGAUUGCUCGAUCUGGAAGACCACACACUAAUCAUCACAUCCUCUGUUUGGGUCAGUGACUAUGACAGCAACCAGCAUGUGAUUUAAUUAAUUGACUGGUAGGCUGACUGACUGACUGGUUGGCUGAUUGACUGACUGAGGGGCUGGUUGGCUGACUGAGGGGCUGGUUGGCUGACUGACUGACUGACUGACUGGCUGGCUGGCUAAUUGACUGACUGACUAACUGACUGGCUGGCUGAUUGAUUGACUGACUGACUGACUGACAGACUGGCUGGCUGACUGACUGACUGACUGACUGAUUGACUGGCUGGCUGAUUGAUUGCUCGAUCUGAAGACCCACACUAAUCAUCACAUCCUCUGUUUGGGUCAGUGACUAUGACAGCAACCAGCAUGUGAUUUAGAAUGUAAGUUUCCUUAAUAUUAUUUCAAUUUUUUUUCUUUUUUUAACGUUAUUCCUUUGCAUUGUUAAAGUCCAAACAGGAUCUUCAAAGGCGUAAAGAAGAAAUGGCGCAGGCUGUGGAGGCUACUCGUAAACGACUCGAAGCUGUAAGUAAAGUUAACAAUACUGCUUCGUGCAAACCCACCACAGAUCAGUUGUUGAUAUUCAUGUGGGCGAUAAGCAAAUCGUAGAAGAGUCAUUUCUUCUUUGACUUUUUGCUUUUCCCUCACGCUUUUUUCGGUCGCUCGCCCAAAGGGAUCCCGCUCAUGACAAUUUAGCAGGAGCAUCGCACACUGCCGUCAUUCCACGUUAUGCAUCAGUAUCGCUGUUCAGCGCUGGACGAAAGCGUUCAGUUUUGAGUUGAUGGUCCAAGCACUGCAGAACUGCUUUGGUUUGAGUUCACAUUUACCUUUAUCAGCGGUACAUGUGAACUCAAGAGACAUAAUCGGGUCGCUUCGACAAAUCAAAGUUAAAUGAGCAACGUUCAUCACAGGCAUUACUCCUGUGUUUGAUCUGAAUUCUCUUUGUUUGUUACCUUGUUCGUAUUUGUUCCUGCUGGUCACUGCAGUUUUUUUUAGUUAUGAUUUGUUGUUAAGCUCUCUAGUUUUUGGGAUUGACUGUUUAAUUUUAGCUUUUUCCGGUUUUAGUUUCUCGGCAGUUUUUGAAAAAUUGAUCUCGCCUGUGCUUAUUUUAUUGUUCAGCUGGGAUGGAAAGCUAAGGAAGACAUUUUGAAGAAGAUGCCAGUCAACAGUGCGACAUCAACAGCAACUAUAACCUCCAUCUCUUCUGUAUCCAGCACAACUGUCAUUUCUUCUUCUAAAACCACAACAAUUUCAUCCAACUCCGGAUCAUCUCCAAGCACUGCAGCUGAAGAGCCUGCCACCAAAACUAGUACUGUGUUAUCGUCUGUCUCGACUACACACACUUCAUCCGUGAGUGCUACCUCAAAAACCAGCACCGUCACCACAUCCAUGUCGUUUACACCCACUACAGUCGUUAAUUCUGCGUCUGGCUCUGGUAAAAACGGAGACAGUACACCCGUGUCUGCAUUAACAGAGUCAAGCAGUAAGCCUUCCGUCAUAACUAACCUGCUUGAGGUAUGUAGAGAUACUACCCCCGAAUUCCGCGAUCAAGCCUGUGACCCACCUUCAUCUUUAAUCCUGAUAAUCUUAUCCAUCAUGAUUCUUCAAAAUCUAAAAUGACUUCUGUUCUAUCACCUUUUAUCACUUGGGUGACUACCAGCAGUCCCUCUUCUUCGUCGAAGUCCGUCGCGCGGGUUGAAAACGCAAAAGUCAGCGAAAAAAAAAUAUUAAAGCGCUGCUUUUCGUGUGCCUUGCUCCCAGAGGUCCGCGUUUUUUUUUCUUCUCACCAACUUGACCCGCACGACGGACUCCGCCAAAAGGCAGCGGUUGCUCGUAGUCCAGAAAAAAGUUGGUGCAAUAUCUCUGGAAUACCUGACUAACUCCUACUUAAACUCUAACUCCCUGAUGUAACCUCUUCCUUAAUAUCACCGUACUGCCAAGCAAGUAGUUGCGAGGAAAAGCGAAACUAAACAGCUCAUGGAUGUUACCUUCAUAUGUUAUCACUUUUCUCAACUAGUUUACAAGGAUAUGUAGCAGAACUGAUAGAGAGAAUUGCGAUUCAGAGCUUGUUACGCAUUUUAGCGCAUGCGUGUCAUAGCUACGUGUUGUCUUGUUUAGUUAAUUUUCCAUGUUGAUGUUCGCCUGGCAGUGAGUAUUUUUUUUGGGUUGAUGUUAUUUACAGACGCGAUUAGUAGAUGUCCAAGAGAACAGCAAGGAGGAACGGAAGGAUCAGUCGGCUAAGAAAGAUAUUCCUGAGUCGAAGAAAGAUAAUGUCUCAAAGGCUGACGAUACCGAGAAAUCCAAGCGUACUGCUUCCAAUCUGAUUGCGUUUUUCAGUCAGUCAAAGUCAUCUAAAAACAAAGACAAGGAAAAAGAAAACUCGAAAGAAAAAGAGAGAGCAAAAUCGAAGGAAAAAGACAAAGAGAAGGGAAGAGCCACACCCCCACUGGUCAAGGAGAUAUCUGAUUUAAAAUCUACCUCCGGGGGUAAACUUGAACGGCGGGGCUCUGAGGGAAAAUCAUGGCGUAAAUCGCUGGGAAUUCUAGGGGGAGUUCCAAGCAUGACAAAGAAGACAAACAUAAAAGGCAUUCUGAACCCAGAUCUUCAACCCCACCUGACAUGCUGUCGAAAAACGCGCUAAAACAAAACGAGAGGGAAGACAAGUUGAAUAAGAAACCAACUGAGCCUCGUUCGUCCACACCGCCUGUUGACAAGCAAAUGAAGAAUUCCCAGCCAGCGAAACACCACGAAAGCACAUUAAAAACUUUAAAAGAAGAAAAAGACAAAAAGUCACCCACUAAACCACAGCCUGAGCGGCGAUCGUCUUAUACGUCAUCCGAGCUGGCGGGAAAAACUUCUCAGCCGCCUGGCGCCAAAACAAACGAGACUUCUUUGACUAUUUCGUCCAGAAAUGCUCCUUUAAGAGAGAAGAAAGGACGGGUUUCUAGUGAGGAGAGACGAGAAAAAUCGCGGUCGUUAGGUGACAUAGGUAGCAGACUACACAAAGUAGAAGAAGUGUCUAUUUUAGAUCCGAGUGUGCCGCCAUCUAGAACUGUUGACACUAUGGAUAUACCGAAUCAAAUAAAAACAGCUGAAAAACGACCCAAGUCAAGCGCUGGUAUUUUGGAGACAACCCCACCUCAGACGAAAAAACCAUUAGAGCGAAAUUCAGUUGAUAAUAAUGAUGUUUCAGCUACAAAAAAUCUUAAAGAGCACACCGACGUUUUGAAUGGAACUUCCGAUAAAAACGAUAUUUCGACUAAUGGCAGCUUGUUAGCUAGUAAUGAGAAUUCGACAGGACGAAAACCACCUUCGGACGAGCAGCUGAAUCCUGCGUUGGAUGGGCCUGGUAACGAAGCUAUACCGGUCCCAGGGACUGUCCUUGAAAAGAAAUCGAACACUUUGGACCUGGGAACCAGUAAGCCCUUGUCACCGCGCAGAACCUCUCGGAGUGGUAGCGGGUCGAGCUUUAUGUCUGAUAUCAGUGAACUGUCAGCUGAGCUGUCUGCAGCUAUUGCGUCACCACCACCUGAGCCACUCAGAUUGAGCAUGUCUGAGUCGAACUUGUUGAGUACCAGUCCUCCCUCUACAAGUCGGAAGUCUUCCACUGGUAAGGAUCAUGGUAAAAAGUUCAUUAUGUUGUGUGAACGCUCCUUUUAUGUCUAGCAAGGGUACUCCUUUUAUGUCUUGUAAGGGUACUCCUGCAGCCUAGUUGAAUCAUUUUUGGACAAGCAACCGAAUCUUAUGUCCUAAUCCUACGCCUUGUGCUCGGAAUAAUUUCUUUUUUAGUUUGUUAUUUACAGUCCUCCAUAACCUCUCCCAUCCUUAGUCUUGGCUUACCUUGGCCACGUGAAUUUUUCUUUCAUACCGAAUCAAAAUUUGUAAUCUGAAAUGUAGGGCAUUUCAGUUUAGCGCGUCCUGAAACAUGGUUGAACUUUGUAGACGCCUCCAGAGGUGUGAACAGUGAAUAGACCAGGCAGAGUUCCUCAAAAACUUGUCAUAUUUUCCAUUUGAACCUGGAAAGUUUUUACUCGAGACUGCCUCCUAGCCAACGAACACCAUAACAAUAGUAAAUGACAACGAUCGUAGACGACACCGCAAUAAAGUAAGACAAAUGAAGCCUUUUAAACUUUGGUCGUGUUCUUGUUCAACCUUACAGAUGCUGCUAACUCCACCGAUAUUGAUCAAAAUACAUGUCAGGAAACCCUUGAACACCUUGUGCAGGCUUUUCAAAAGGUUAUGGAUGUUCAGUCUAAGGUGAGAAAGAAAAAGUUUCGGGUUGUUAUAGUUAACUAGAGGAUACUUAUUCCCAGAGAGGAAUUAGUUGGCUUGAAUCGACCAAGAUGUCAAACUGAGCCCUUUCUGUUCACGAUCACUCUUAUUAAUUAGCGCUAAGUAAGUCCCUUCUCAUUUGGUGGAAAGUUCAAAACUCCAUGAUAUUGCUGAUCCUAGCUGUGCAAUUGUUUGAAAGUAGCAUGUAGCCUCGGUCACUAAGUAAGUCUCUAAACGGGAGAUCAUUUCUUAAAGCACUCGACCGUUUUGUCUAAUGCUAACCAAUUUGUGAUAUCUAUUUAUUUAUUUAUUUUUUUUGCACCUGCAGAUUCUGAAUGGAGAACCCUCGGACGAUAACCACCAGUUGUUAUCGUACAUUACCAGCACUUUUUCAGCCAUAGAGGAACAGAUUCACGAUUCGCGUCUUCGUCGGCGGAAGUGGGAACUCUCCUACCUCCCCUGGGGUAAACCUGGCACAGCUGCUAGACCACUCGGCGGCGCGCUCAGCUUCUCCACCGGAAACCUGGACCAAGUUGGUUCAAAACUUCGUCCUUUCAGGAGGACUUCUGAGCUUUCUGUUUCCUCAAUUCCUGAAGAGGAGGUUGAAAUACAUGAAGUGUUACUUGAAAAGUACUCUGAUAGACUAUUGGAAAUGGUCGCAAAGAAACUUAAACAAUGAGGAAUACUUUCGUGUUGCGAGCACAACCGACGAGAGUUCUCUUUCUUUGAAACAGUAUUACUAAGAAAAUGGGUUGGGUUUGAUUAAAAUGGCUUAGAGAUUACUAUGAACGUGUCCUGGGUUAGUCUCGUUACCGCGGUACUGUUGAGUGUUUGCCCUUGGUUUACCUGAACAGGCGAAUGCUACCGCAGAUGAUGUCUAUUCUAUACAUGACUGAUUACCAUUAGCUUGUCAUCACAUGUGGUAAACUGCAAUUCUAAGGAGCUAAGACUGGACUUUUAUCUGGAAUUUUCUAUCGCCGCUCUCAUUAACUGCUAGCCUAACAUGGAAAACAACAGAUGAGGUUGGAAUAGUUCCUUAUGACGUUGGCGAGGCAGUUAAAUGCAGUUUGCUCCUGUUAAGAGCAAUCAUGACUUCAUUAUUUACGUACAUCCAAUGCAACUUAGGUUGGAGGAUUCACCCAUCUUGAAAUACGUCAACUCAAUCAUCGGACAAACUUCUGCAGCUUUAAUAUUUAAGCUGCUAUUUUCUACAUAUUUUCGUAUUUUUUUGUGUCUUAAAGAAAGUCAUCAAAGUACUUCAUGAGUAAUCUAAUGAGAAAAAUCCAUAGUUUUGUUCAAAACUGAAUAUUAAAAAGCCAAAAUGUAAAUAAAUAAAACCAGUG